AUGUUGUUCUUCCUGAUUGCUAUAUCGCUCAUUCUAAACGGGGUGUUAUCCUCUCUUAUCGUCGUUGGCUCGGAUUGCAAUUCUGAAGGUUCAGGAGGCCGCGGUCAGCUGACACCUCGAGGGCCGGACUUUCCGAGAAACAGUUCCGCCUAUAACCUUACCAUCCCAGAAGACCUCACCUUAAGAGCCGUGACCGUUGGUAUCGGAACUCAGAACUACACUUGCUCUCUCACCUCUGGAACUCCUACCUGGAAACCUGUUGGCGCCAUGGCCCAGCUGAGAGACAUCACCGACGCUGAGGAGGAUCCCGAAGAAAUCGCCAGAGCAGCUACCAAGAAACAAUCCCGAAAACUUUUGUCUCGCUACACCCAUAUCGCGACGCAUUAUUUUGUCCCACACGGAGCAAGUGGUGCAGGCGCACCCGCCUUCUUUUUCGACCCUCGGAAGAACUUAUGGCCCAACACAGGUCCUGCCGAUAAUUAUGUGAUUGUGGCCAAGAUCGGAUUGAUGCCAGCACCAAACCACCCGAAACGAAACGUACCUUGGCUUGCUCUGAAAGGGGUCGAUGGCAAUGCAGCUAGUCUAGUUUUUAGGACGAAUACUCAUUUUGGAGCUUCACCACCUGAAAGUGUUUGUGUUGUGGAAGGAGAAGAAGCCAACAUGGGUUACUCGGCGCUGUAUUGGUUUUAUCACUGA